GGAUAAUUGAACAGGCUGGAGUUGUUACGCUUAAAAUGCAGUCUAUAUAAACCAAAGCCAUUCUGCACAUUCAUUAAUCCAGCAAACACUUCAUACUAUAAUUGAUACAGUUGAGCUCAAGUUCAGUUAGAGUAAUUAGCUAUGAGUUCGUUCAGUAAACGUACUCUAAUAACUUCACUCGUUCAUCUAUUUCAACUACAUUUCUUGCUCUUUUUAUUAAUCAACAUCACUCGGUGCCCAUUAGCAUGUCACGGAUGCCAUGAACAGGAAAGAAGAGCACUCCUUGAUUUCAAAUUCUCAUUGGAGGACCCUGCGAAUCGUUUAUCUUCAUGGCUAGAUGACAACAGAUAUCGAAACUGUUGUGAUUGGCACGGAGUGGGAUGUUCCAGUGAUUCUUCUCAUGUUAUCUCCAUAAACCUCCGUAACACAGUCCUUGAAACUUUCUACAAUGAGUAUCUCGAUGAUUCAUAUCACAACGAUAUGCCACCACAGCCAAAUACUGCAUUGCGAGGUAAAUUCUCUUCCUCGUUUGUCAACAUUAGUCAUCUCGAGUAUGUUGAUCUUGCCUUGAACAAUUUUGAGGAAUCGAAAAUCCCCUUUCUGUUUUCUGCUCUCACCAAACUCGUGCAUCUUGAUCUCUCCCACUCUAACUUCUCUUCUCCAGUUUCGACACCAUUAACCAACUUAUCGUCCUUACGAUACCUCGACUUAUCUUGUGGUUUCAUAGCUAGAGAAAGAUACUCUUGCUUAGAAUUGUCAUCUAUAAAAUGGCUAAGAGGGUCAAUAAAUCUAAAGGUCUUAAGAUUGAGAGGCAUUGAUUUAUAUGAGGCGGUGUCUUCGGAAAAGAAUUUUGCUGAAUCAAUUUCCUAUCUUUCUAAUCUUAGAAAUCUUGAUCUCAGUGACUGUAGUCUACCAAGCACAGUUUUUCCCACCCAUGAGUUUUACAAUCUUUCUCGUUUAUCUUCUCUCACAUUGAGUCAGAAUUCUUAUCUAUAUUUCGACAUACCAGUACAGCUACUCAAUUUAACUUCACUUUCUGUUCUUGAAUUAUCUGAUUGUGCACUACAAGGUUCAGUUCCUUAUCUUCCUCAACUUACGAAAUUUGAUGUGAGUCGUAAUUAUAAUCUUCGUCCUGAUCUAACUAGAAUGUCUCGACAUAAAUGGCCUAAACUUGAAAGACUUUCCAUAUCAAAUACUAAUGCAAGUGGGUCAAUCCCCGACUCAAUUUCCAAUGCGCCAUUAUUGGUCGACUUUGAUGCUUCUUUUUGUGGGAUUCAAGGGUCUUUACCUUCUUCAAUCUACAAUCUUUCCCAAUUGCAAUCUCUCGACCUCUCUGAAAACUCAAUAACAGGUUACAUCCAUUCCUCAAUAUCCAAUCUAACAUUCUUAAGGAUGCUCGACUUGUCUUAUAAUAAUCUCCAAGGUUCCAUACCCAAAUCAAUCUGUGAGAUGUUUUCUCUCCAAGAACUUCGUUUAAGUAAUAAUACCAUAACAGGACUCAUACCAAGUUGCCUAACAAACCUCAAGAACCUUACGGUAUUUAGAGUUGAUGGAAACUCGAUUGAGGGUACCGUUUCAUUGAUUAGUUUAAUGAACGAUCUAAAUUUGAAGGUUCUAGGCCUGGGUUCAAAUAGGUUAACUGUGGUUAUAGAUCGACAUUCCCAUCUAUACUCUAAAUUUAAACUAGAGUUUUUGAAUUUACAAUCAUGCAAUCUAGAAGGCUUAUUCCCUACUCUUUUCAUGUGUAAAUUGAGUAAUCUAAUGGUUUUGGACUUGUCUCAUAAUCACCUAACAGGAGUUAUUCCUGCUUGUUUCUCCAAACUCAAUUUCUAUGCAUUUGAUCUGUCAAACAACAAACUUCAUGGUCGACUGCCUCUUCCACCGCAAGCUUUGUAUACCUAUUCAUCAUCAUUUGAUGUAUCAUAUAAUAAAAUCACUGGUGAAAUCUCAACAGACUAUGGAAAACGACUUUCUAGUUUUAAUUCCAUCAAUCUAGCUGGCAAUGAACUUUCAAGUUCGAUCCCAUUUUCCAUAUGUUCAAGAGAUUCAGAGUUUAAUCCUACAUUUAUAAACCUUUCGAACAACAAAUUUUUCGGGGUUAUACCUACUAGUAUAGGGUACUCGUGGGAUCUUAUAUCUCUAAACCUCGGCAAAAAUAACCUCACAGGAAAUGUUCCAAAUGAGCUUCAACAACUAAAGUCAUUGUCAUAUCUUCAACUAAAUGACAACAUUCUGGAUGGUACUCCUCUUAACAUCAUCAGUAAGCUUCCAGGGUUGGCAGUUCUGAACUUAGCAAAUAACCACUUCGAAGGCAGUAUACCCAGUGCAUUUGGUUCGGCUACCGGAUUGAGCAUUCUUUCCUUAAGGUCAAAUAAGUUCAAUGGGUCAAUCCCUCAAGAGAUUAGUCAUUUGGAAGAACUCCAAAUAUUAGACUUAUCGGGGAAUAAUCUAAACGGGUUAAUUCCUAGGAAAAUAGGAAACUUAAUGAUGCUAAGAAGUAGACCUAACGAUACAUAUUUGCUAGACGAUUCAAGAAUUGACGUGCAAUUGCAGAUGGUGAUCAAAGGGAUCAUGUUACAGUUUAAGAAACUGUAUGCAUAUAGUUCUGGGAUUGAUCUAUCGUGUAACAAUCUUGAAGGCAAUAUCCCAGAAGAGAUUGGUCUACUGAAAGGGCUUUCCACACUUAAUUUAUCACACAAUCGCUUUUCCAGCGUUAUACCACAAAGUAUUGGAAGCAUGAAUGGUUUAGAAUCCUUGGAUUUGAGUUUCAACAAAUUAACUGGACUUAUCCCAUACUCUUUACCAUCAAUGAAUUCUCUUGAGAGACUGAACCUAUCUUACAAUAACUUGAGUGGUAGGAUCCCAAGAGGACCACACUUUGAUACAUUGAGUGGAGAUGGUUCAGCAUAUCUCAACAACAGUUUGUUGUGUGGCUUCUACACAAAUAAUACUUGCGAGGCUGAUCAGAGAACUGACGCUACUGAUGGGAAUUCUCCAAAUCAAGGUCAUGAAGAUGUUAAAGAGGAUGCAAAAGAAAUGGUGGUUCCCGUAUUGGAGAUUAGUAGAUGUGGUUGCAAUGGGAGUGGCUAAUUGUAUGUGGAAAAAUUAAACAUCGCUGUGUGCUAAAAUGUUGAUAAAUGGUACUAAAUCUUUUACCAUGUCCGUAUCUUUCUUUUACUGUAAUUUCUGCCGUGACAAAUAUUGUGCAAUUGAGCUUAAUUCCAAACACCAGAUAAUUAAGCAAGCAUGACAUUCUCAUUUUUUGACUGCAAGGAUACUGAAUUCAUGAUUCCACUUGAGAUUGUUAACAACAAAUUUAGCACCAGGAAUUCUCUUCCUUUGAGUAAACUUUUGUUCAGGGCUAACAGGUUUGGUUAUGUUUCGUUUCACCGCUCUAAACGGUUUAUGUAAAACUUGUGUUUGCUGUGUUCUUAACUUUUGUCAUCUCCAGCCAGUGGAGAAGAGGAUACUGUUUGAAACCUGGCCUUAUUUGUGUGUUUUUUCAACUUAAGGAUGCUGAUUUUGUUCA